GGCGAACCUAGGCCGGAUAUGAAGUGACGGCUGAGGGAACGCCAGCAUUAUCAGAGCCAACAGUUUCCUGCAAGAUCAUCAUGCCCAGCGUCAAAGCCGAAGUCGGAGUCGCCAUUGCCCUCGGCGUGGGUUUGGGCUAUGUGUGGAAGUCGUACGCCGAUGGUGAACUGAAGACCAUCGACACCUUCUACCAGGACCUCAAGAAGAAGGCCGCUCGUAACAACGAAUAGGUCCACAUUGGCAGCGGAUACGUGAUUCGGCGGUUGGUUGGAGGGGGUACUCCGUCGUUUCAAUGCGCCGCUGCGACUGCUAUCGUACCAAUAUACUUUGAAUGCUCCAUUUGCCGUACCAUAAAGCGCGUUAUUGUAAUGGAAGAUGUCAUUUAUUUCC